AUGUGGGAAGUUGAGGGAGGUCGUGGGCCUUAUAUGCAAUACCUCGGUAAAAUUGCAAUCACAAGAUGGAAUGAUCUCAAGCAACAGAUGCUCGCAUCGUCUCACCAGGCGUAUCGGCCCCUGGCUCUCUUCGGAGGCAGUAACGGCUAA